UUUAGCUUUGCGAUGUAAAUAUGGCGCGGUGAAAACACAAAUGAAUUUGCUGGAAGGGAAACUAAGUGAUAUUUUGUAACUGUCAAUACAUUUGUGAUAUAUAGUUUGUGACAGGUAACACAGAAAGAUGUCUGCGGGAGUGAUGCAGGUGCUGUCUCAGUGUGGUGAGGACGAGUUUGAGAAAACCAUUAACGAGAUGCCACUUAAGGGAUUGAUGGAGAUGAUUACCUAUUUUCAAAAAGAGAUGGCAGCUGAGCAAGAAAACUUUAACUCGCUGUGUGGAGAGCUCCAGGGUAUUAGGGACCGUAACUCACGGCAAUAUAAGCAGAUCUCCAAGGAAAUGAUGAAGUCACAGAAUCGACUUACUCUGCUUAUGAACAGGAGUAUGAAAUGUUUUGCACAGCAAAAUGUUCAGCAUGGGAAGCAAGGAGUUGAGCUUCGUCGCCGUGGUUCCCUGAAAGGCUUGCAGAUGUCAUCCUCCACCAAAUCCAGCACUCCUGUGCAUCGCAGCAAAUCCAUGUACAUUCCCCAGUUCCCAACCGACCCUUCCCCUCCUCCCCGAGCCACUGUAACAACAGCUAGGGGCAGACUGCCUGUUAAUCCUAGUGCUAACCCCAACAGCUCCAACACUGUUGUCAGCAACGGCUUGCCAGCUAACAUCGCAGCUGCUGCAUCUUCUCAUAACACCGCUUUCAGACCUAACUCUGUUGUACCCUCCAAUGACAAUGUCUCAAAGAACGAAAUCAAAAACUCUACUACUAACCAGGAUGACGAGCUCAGUAAGUUGCCCAGUGUUAAAAAGUUGCUCGGUGCCUUUCAGAAACCUUCCGCCAUGUCGAAUGGCGUGAAUAGCGUUCUUCCCAACAAAGUUACCAUGCGAACGAAUGUCGUUAAGAGAAACGAAAAUAGAAACUCUUUUCCAUUAACAUCGAACAACGCGCCUGGUUCUGAAAACAAGAACCAAACGGUGAAUGGUACAGCAGUCAGUGUCCCAGAGCCGAAGAAAAAAAUGUCCACGUUAAACAUUAACCCAUCUGUUGGUCAACAGUGGAACACGAGCCUGAUGUCUCCACGGCCUAGGGCAGAUUCCCUGGACACGAGGACAGCUUCGUUGUCUUCACCCAAUAAAACUGUGAGUUCUUUUAGCAAUGUGACAAUAGUAAGUAAGGCUAAGUCAGUGUCCAAUUUAGUAGAUGAUUCGGGUCCAAAGUCAAACUCUUCUAGUUCCGAUAGGUUGACUAAUAUUAGAUCUGGAUCUAGUUCGACUAUUAACAGUGCCGGUUCUGGCGUUGCUAAUACAAAUGGCAGAUUCGUAACUAAUCAGAGAGCAUCAGGACCUGUGAUGAUGAAAUCUGUAAGUUCAGAGCCUAAAAAAGUGACAGGCAGAAACUUUGUUAUCAAUAAUGGUGCUAGUAGUUUGAAAGCACAAAACAAUAAUAAGAGUGCAAAUUCAAACAAAAAGGAACCCAGUUCUGGGCUAGGAAGUAAAGAUGCUCUGCUGAAGGAGAUUGAGUCGAGGAGGAAAUUACAGAAAGAAGAAGACUCGUUGGAUGGAAAAGUGGGUGACGAGACCUACAAGACAUCGGUGAGCCUGGUGCCAAGUGAGAGGGGUGGAGAGAGACCUCGGUCUGGCAGUGCUGAGAGCAGGACAAGUGCUGGCAGUCAGUCAGAAAGUACCAGUGACUCAGACAGUUUGACAAAUGGAACAACCGAGAUUUCCACGGCAACCCUGGUGGUCAAAGCGGACCGACCAGCGGGAAACCAGAACCCACCGGAGAAGCCACGGCGGAUGUCUCGACCCAAGUGUGUUCAAGAUUCUGAAGAUACAACCAACCUACAGACAGCCACACCAUCUGUCACUGGUCCUAAUGUCAAAGCCAUGUCCUCCAGUUUAGACCAGACACCGGUUCAUCCAAUGACGGCUGCUUCUGCCAGUGUGUCUGCUGCUGGCAAUGUCAAGGUCGUAUCAUCAGACCCUAGUCAGCGCAUUCAACUUGAAGAUGAUGACGAGAUCACACCUACCAUGAACCUUCGACCGUGGAAUCCUUCUGCAGUGCUAAAGGAAUUGUUUACAGUCAGAUUAAUGGAAGAUACCACAGAAGACAUCUCGGGUCAGUUUGUGUGUAUGGAGGGCUACAUGGAGAAGCUGCCGAUGAACAAGAAGAAGGCCACACUGCUGAAGACAUGGAAAAGACGAUUCUUCAAGGCCACUGACGGCUGGUUGUAUUACUAUGAGACAAGUGAUCGAAGCAAACCAAGUGAGACCAUUCAGUUGAUGGGAGGAAACAUACAUGACUUGGGAAACCGCAUCCUUGGAAUUGAUGAUGGGCGUGGCCGGUUCUUGAUGGUUCGUUGUCCAACUGACAAGGAACACGGACAGUGGAAACUGGCGCUGGACACACAGACGGCGGACAAUACAAAGGCCAGAUACAUCCACCCGCUUCUCAAGUCUCCACCUCACCCACAGAAGAAAGUUGUCAUAAUUGAUAUGGGCAGUAAUGCAGUUCGUGCUGGAAUUCUGGGACAGAGGCCCACUUUGCCCGAGUUGUUUUUUCCCAGUGUGGUUGCCGUACACAACACAACAAGCAACAUGGUGGUCGGCAUGGAAGCUUAUUUCCCUGGGAUACGCCACAAAUCCAAGCUCUUUCAUCCAAUCAGAGCAACCAACAAAAUAGACAAGUUUAGCAUAGAUGAAAGACAGAUGCCAGCAGUUUUCAGUAAAGUCUUUCACGAUCUGAGAAUCAAUCCCGGGGAAUAUCUGGUGAUGCUGAGCACCCCGAUGGAUCUGAGUGACAACCUGCGUAAGAACCUGAUGAUGAUUCUCGUCGACAGUCUCCAGGUGGCGGGAGUGUGCAUGGUGCAGCAAGCGCUUCUCUCCCUUUACUCCUACAAUACGACAUCGGGAAUCAUUGUGGAUGUGGGAGAAACCAUUGAGAUAUUACCAAUAUAUGAUGGGUUUGUGAUUGAGGGAGGUGUGACAAUGUUGCCAUAUGGAGCUGAGAAGAUUGAAGACUCAUUACAGAUAUCCCUGAUGACUGAAAACUACCGCUUUUCAUCCAGAAUUGAGAGACUUCUUGUUAAAUACAUCAUGGAAAAGUCCUGCUAUGUGGCAUCAGACUUUAAGUCUGCUCUAGAACAGUGUAAGACGAACAGAGAGAAAAUGUCUUGCACUGUAGACUUUGAACCAUUUGACCUGCCACCUGGAGCCUACCCUUCCAUUACACAUGACAUCAGUCGUUUCAAGAGUCCUGAGGGUUUGUUUGACAUGGACAUGUGGGAGAUGGACUUCCCCAACCUGCACAAACUCAUCUUCCAGGCCAUCCAGACGUGCCCCAUGGACAGUAGAAGACAUAUGUACAGAUCUGUAUAUUUGAGUGGAGGUGUGACGAUGCUUCCUGGGUUUAGAGAGCGCUUGCAGUCUGAACUCGUCAAACUGGCUCCACCUAAUGUUCCAAUAGAAGUACACGCAGCGCCACAGAGGUAUCAUGCAGCUUACAUCGGAGCCUGCUCAGUGGCUGGAAUGGACGUUUUUCAGCAGAUGUGUAUAUCAAGGGAAACGUGGCGUACAGAGGGAAUCAACAGCUUUAAGAAAUGGAAGGCGCCGAAGGGAUGAGUGCGAAGACUGCUAUAAAACACUAUUUAUUUGAAUCCAUGUAUUCAGUCAACUAACACAGUUCAUGAUCCGUGAUUUGACCCAGCAUCUUCAUUUAAAGACAGGCUGACCAAUGUUAAGACAGGAUGGACAAUUUUGAAAUAGGGUAUCCCACUUUCAAACAGGAUGGACAAUUUUAAGACGGGUUGACCAAUUUUAAGACAGGAUUGCCAAUUUUAAGAUAGGAUGGCCAAGUUUAAGACAUGCAGAUGAGUUUAAGAGACUUGGUUUAGGGCAGCUGAUUAAAAACAGAUCAUCACUGUUUGUCGGUGAACAGAAAUGUUUCUGUGAUGUGAUGGUUUACAGUUUUGUGCAAUUUUGCCAUUGGUAACCAUUGGUGGUUAGAGUACUGUACUAAGAAACCUGCACAUUAAUUAUUCUACAAAUGUAUUUUAAUAAUAUUAGACUAACCAAGGAGGUAAUGUCUCAUUACAGGUGAUGACACCUAGUGGGCAAUGUCACAGAUAAAGGGGAAUAAUCUGUGUUUGCCUAGAUUAAAGAAUGGUAAAAUGUGAAAAUACUCAGUGUAAACAGCUGUUUUUAAUGAAGACAGUCUCCACAAGCAUUAAUAAAUUUUACUUUAAUAUUGAUUAAUCUAUGGUGCAAUAACCAUUGUAGAUGUGACAAUAAUUGAAGAAAUGCAUCAGUUGCUGUUUUGACAAGUCUGUAGGCAUUGGAAUGAUAAUAUUAAUCUAGCUGAUACUAGCUAGAUUUGUCCAGUUUAUGGUCAGAAUAAUAGAUCAUAAUAUACUUGGCAUUUGAAGAGUUCACAGACUGCAUGUUGCCAAAAUGCACAUGUCAUUAUGCUGAUUGUGCACUUUUAAGAAAAAAAUGCCAUGCAUGUUUUGGUUUGUGGUUUUAACCUUACAUCAUUUAAAUUUUGAUUAUCUUAAUACUAGUGGAAAACAGUCCAAGAGUUCAAAGUUCCAAUAACAACAUUCGAAGGGAAGUAAUUUGUAGCAGAGUAACAAAGAACAUUGAGAACAUGAAAGAGUAGAUACUGGACAAAUCAAAGUGGGUAUGAAAAUGCAUAAAAUACCUGCCAGUUAUCAUUAAUUAUUUCUCCAGACAUGCUGGGCAAGCACAAUGUUUAUACAGUGAUUUUUAAUUAACAGUGGAUCAUUGUUGGAAUAUGCAAUAGACACAUAUGUAGUGCACUGCAUUUCAAUCAGUCACAGGCCAUAGGAUUUCAUGGAAAACACCUUUUCGUUUCCGUGCCUUGUGAUCAUGUGAACCGAUCGGAAACUGUUUUUAGGUUGUACUCGAUAUAAUAAUCAUGGGAAACAAAAUUUCAGUUUUGUGAUUUUACCGACACAGUACCAGAAACGAUCGUUUCCGUAAAAUCCAAAUGCCUGAGUCACUUUAAGACUUGAUCAUGACAUCAUAUACUGGAAAUGGAUGUUUGUUGCAUUGUGUAGAAAACGUGGUGCUUUGAUAUUUGGAUUAUUAAACUGUAUGUUAUGAAUUUAGUUGGAUAUGCAAGAAAAAUAAUCAAGCAUUCAUGUUUAUUGGAGAUACAGUUGUUUUGUUUGAAAUUUGUCACGUCUUACUGUAUCUUUCAGACUGGAAUGUCAUUGUUUUCAACGGUCAUUAAUGGUAGAUUCUCUGUCUUGUUAAAAGCAGGUGGCUGUUUAACAGGGUAGGUGAUAGAGCACAUUUAUUUGUCUGUGCUUCAGAGAAUAUAGAAAGUUAAGAACUAAAAUCUGAUUUAAAUCAAUUUAACAACUAACACACAUUGUUUUUGCCAGAAAAAUCUGGGUGAUACCUUGUGUUGCACUCCAUACUCACCUGGACAAUUUUAGAAGAGUGGCAAAUUGAUCAUCUUACAAUCAAAUUUUGUAUUUGAAACUUCUGUGAUUGCUCACCUAGCACCAUUUCAAGAGAAUGAUCUUCAGUUUGCCCUGAUUUUGCUGUUGGCAAAGACUGUUGACAAGUUGAUUUGAAUGUUACAUGUGUAUUUAUUAGCAUUAUUCAAAAUAAAACAAUGCAUAAACUGGUCCCAAUUUACAAAGCUUAUGUUUGACUUAUAUGCGUGUAACUACAUACAUUUACAAUGCUUAAACACCUGCACGUAACUACAUACAUUUACAAUGCAUUUAUUAGCAUUAUUCAAAAUAAAACAAUGCAUAAACUGGUCCCAAUUUACAAAGCUUAUGUUUGACUUAUAUGCGUGUAACUACAUACAUUUACAAUGCAUAAACACCUGCAUGUAACUACAUACAUUUACAAUGCUUAAACACCUGCAUGUAACUACAUACAUUUACAAUGCUUAAACACCUGCAUGUAACUACAUACAUUUACAAUGCUUACACACCUGCAUGUGAAAACACAAACCAGGCUUCGUAAAUUCAGCCCAUUAUGUUUACAGCUGUGUAAGUGGGUGUUUUGGGUCAGGAUAAAAUCUAUUUAUGCCAGGCUGUCAUUUUCCAGUAAAUGACAGUAAAUUUGUUUUAUGAUAGGAUUGAGGGGGCACCUGCAAUGGCUUGGCAUGGAUGCACCCCCCAUAACCCCAUUCCAAAUCAGGAUUUACAAGUAUAAAAUAUAAUCCGGGGGACUGGGAGAGUGCCAAUGCAGUAUAAAUCUGGCUUGUGCCACCCUCUUACUCCAGAUAUCAUUGUUAUGGGCCUGUAAUCAGGGUAUUGUUUUGGAUAUUUAACAUACUGCCAUCUCAAACAAUAUUUUUUAAAUAUAUCUGUCUCUGUGCGUUGAAAUCUGUCCGUAAAGCCCAUCCAAUGCAGCUGCAGUGUCACAGGGAUCCAGGUAUUUAUUUGGGAGAAAAUGUAUUUGAAAAAUACUGAGGUGUAAGUCUCCAUUAAUAGUUGAUUAAAGGCGCAGACCCUAGUUUCAGCCCAUGGACAUGGACACUAAGUUUGGUUAAUCUACAAACUUGCAGCAGAUUUGGAUACAGUUAUAACAAAGAGAAACUAAAGUCUGUGAUGUUUAAACUAGGAAAUACCAUCUAAAAAUAACUAGAGAUUGUCUUGAUAACCAUUAUUUCUCAGACGAACAUGCGUUUUUAGAAACUAGGGUAUGUCGCUUUAA